AUGAGAAACGUUUGCUGCAGCGCGGACAGGAGUCCUGUGCGCAGCCCAGCGGCAGAAGAGGGCGAGGCUGAGAGAAAGGCUGAGCUGGAGACGGAGGCGGCUGGUCCUCCCCAGAGCCUGCAAGAAUGCGGCAGCGGGCCGGGAGCACCCGGAGGGACCAGCUCCCGGGGGCCCUGGUCGGGGCUUGAGGACCCGGCCCGCGGGUGGAUUUCCAGCCUCACGUGGCCGCGGAACAGGGGCGCCUGGAGAGCAAAGAGAGGGACCCUGGGGGUGCCCACCCUCAGAGUGCAGCCUCCUGCCAACGCGGGAAGGAGAGAGGCGGGAGCGGUGAAAGGGAAAAACCUGCCUCCACUGGCUGCGGAGCGUCGGAGAGCCUGGGGCGCUCCGCGCCAUAGUCCUCAAUGCCUCUCUGAACGGUCUUUAGGAAGAGUGCGAGAGAAAGAGCGCGCGCCAGGGAGAGGAGAAAAGAAGAUGAGGAUUAUUUGCAGACAGAUUGUCUUGUUAUUUUCUGGAUUUUGGGGACUCGCCAUGGGAGCCUUUCCGAGCAGCGUGCAAAUAGGUGGUCUCUUCAUCCGAAACACAGAUCAGGAGUACACUGCUUUCCGAUUAGCAAUUUUUCUUCAUAACACUAGCCCCAAUGCGUCAGAAGCUCCUUUUAAUUUGGUACCUCAUGUGGACAACAUCGAGACCGCCAACAGCUUUGCUGUAACAAAUGCUUUUCUGACAAAUUAUCAAAACCAAACUAGGAAGGAGCACACCGAAGAAGGAGCAGAUUUGAAUGAGGAAGAUGGGCUUGGACUUGCAACUGAUAGUGAGCCAGUUACUUGA